AUGGUCUACCAGCACAGCCUCAGCUUCAGCAUCUCCUCCCACACCGCCCUACAUAAGCUGACGCGACAACUCGGCGAAGCCGGUCUAGCGAACGUGACUCGCCUGCGCAUUGACUGGAAUGACAACCCCAUCAAUGUAUACGCGUUGCGUAAUAUAAAGCCGACAGUUGGAGCCUUGCUGGCGCAGUAUUCGAGACUGAAGACGCUGAAGAUUGCACUACUUCCGAGAGCCGACCGUCCCACUACAACGAAGCCUGAAGAAUUCGUGCGGUUGCAUGGCUUGGGUGACCUGGCGAAGAAGGGAGUGGAAGUGGAACUUUGUCAACAUCGAGACCUGCGGUAUUGGUUUGAGUGGUAUGGAAAGGAGACCGCGUGGGUUGACGCUGUCGGCGCUAUUCUAGAUGAGGCGAAGGGGAAGAAUGGGAGGAGAGAUGAAAACUCGUUCGUGGUGUGA